CUGUGUCCACUCUGCCCUAUUCAACCCGAGAGCCUUCCUAGGAAGAUGGCAGCAGUCCUGAUUCUCCUGACCUUUCUUCUGCCACUUGGAGCUGGUGCAGAGAAGAUCAUCGGGGGCCAUGAGGCCAAGCGCCAUUCCCGCCCCUACAUGGCAUUUGUUGAAUUUCUGGAUGUUAAGGGGAAGAAUGAUUCCUGUGGAGGCUUCCUGGUGAAAUCCAACUUUGUACUGACAGCUGCUCACUGCAGGGGAAGCGCAAUGAGAGUCACUCUAGGAGCCCACAACAUCAGCUUCCCGGAGAAGACCCAGCAGAAGAUCCCUGUGGCUAAAGCCUUCCCACACCCAGGCUUUAAUAACAAAACCUUCCCAAAUGACAUCAUGCUCUUAAAGCUGGAGAGGAAGGCCCUAAAGACUGAAUAUGUGAGGCCCCUCAGCCUGCCCUGUUCUGAGGUCCAUGUGAAGGCAGGGGAUGUCUGCUCAGUGGCAGGUUGGGGUAGGAAGGCCCCAAAUGGUAAAUUAUCAAAUGUACUACAAGAAGUAGAGCUAACAAUCCAGAAGGAUAAGGAGUGUGAGUCCCGCUUUCAAGGCUAUUACAACAAAACGAUUGAGAUCUGUGUGGGGGACCCAAAGAUCAAGCGUGCUUCCUUUAAGCUUGGAGCUGAAGGUCCCACACACCACAGAAAAUGGAUCAUAGACUUGGAGUCUGGACUGUGGAGAGCGGUGAAGCAGUAACCCUGUCCAAAAUCAGAGUGGAAAGCACAGGGGCCCCAGGGCGAUUCUGGAGGGCCUCUCCUGUGUAACAAAGCGGUUGCAGGCAUUGUCUCCUAUGGGUUUAAAAAUGGUUCACCUCCGAGAGUCUUCACCAGAGUGUCAAGUUUCCUCCCCUGGAUAGAAGAAAACAUGAAAC